UAUAACACACAUGCGGCUUAUGCACACACAUGCACUCUUGCCCUCUCCCUUUCUCUCCAAUGCAAUCCUUUCGUGCAAGCUACAAAGCAGCUGACCUUACAACAAAGCUGCACACUGCACAGAGGAGAGCGGAGUGAAGGGAGAGGAGAAGUGACAGCUCUUAGUCAGUUAGUGGUGGGUGACUAACUCUCUUGGAAAAAGUCUGUGUGGCAAGAGCAGUGGGAGAGAUAGGGACAAGACAUUAACUACAACAGAAAGAGGAAAAACUGCUUCAGGAGUCAAGACAUUGGAGAAUUGCUGCCGACACAAGAGAUGUGCAUUUGACACCGAGGGACGCAACAGCGAUUAAAGAAUGAAGACUACAAGGACUGAACCAUAACGACAAAAAGCAGAGGACUACGCACAUUUUUACCCUACAAAGAGCUGGUGGAGCCAUUUUCAGCUUUUUCUGGACGUUCUGCUAAGUGCCAUGCCCCUGUUCAGCUGGAUGAAGUGGUCUCAUGUGACAAAAGUGCAGACUCAGAAUGAAGCGCCACCUCUUAAGAGCUCAGAGGUUGUGCCCAGCCGCAGGUUGAUCAGAGAGCUCCUGUGGCAUGUAGAGGAACGUGAACAACUGGCACGGGAAUUGGAGCAAGAGCACAGGUUGGCCCACAGCUCUCCGGGGCUCCAAUGGUUCCAGAAGUACCAUCGGUUACGGACUCUCAUCCCCACAUCAGAGCUUUACCAGCUAGAGUUCCUGUGUGCCCAGAUACCACCGAUCCAUGCAGCCGCAGUCCUUUCCAGGUUUCGUGAGGUGCUGGCCACUAACAACAUAAGACCCUGGGAGCUGGUGUCUGUCUUCAAGCAGGUGCUGAGAGACUUUGUGAACCAUAAGCAAUAUGAGGAAGAGUACGACUUCUCAGGUCAGUCGGCACAGCUCAGACCAAUGGAGGCUUGGACCAGCCGCUAUAAAAUGAGGCAGGGCUUUGUCACGACUACCAUCCCCAACUGUGGAGACUGCCCAAGGGAGGAGAUCCCAACAAUCUCUGGAUAUGUGGACUGGGCCAUGCAGCACUCCAGUUCAUUCUCAGGUUACAGUGACUGGGAGCAUCCAUAUAACUAUCCAGCAUCUCUCAGGCCCAACGGGACAUACAGCACUACACUGUGAAAAGACACACCAAACAUGAAACCACAUGAAAACAACAAACACAUAAAAAAUGUUAAUGUUUUAGGUUUUUCAAGGUUUGAGACCAAAAACGCAAUUCAUUACAAGGACUAGUUUUUCUUGCCUGCCUGGUCUGUUUAAUCCAAUUAUUCUGAGUGUUUUACGAUGUCUUGAUAACAACCCUAAGUUAGUCUUUGUAGAGAUUAGCCUGUGUUUAAAAAGGUAAAUUGUCUGAGAGAUAUUAUGUGAGCACAGUAUGUGAGAACGUGCACAACCUGGACCAAUUUGUGAGGUUUUAGGUGAAGCCGUGUGUCGCUGCAGCCGCUCAUCACACGCUGAACAUGUUUUGGAGAAGUUAAAGCACAGAUCGAUAUUCUCCCAUUUCAUCUGAACUGUUUUUAGAGCCCUAUGGAUGCAAAACUGUCAAAAAGCUGCCAGUAAAAAUACUAGACAAAUUAAAAAUAAUUUGAGUAGCAUGCAUUUUCUUAUUAUCCUAUGUACUACUUUUACUAGAAUAUUGUCUUUAGCUCCCUGGAAAGAUUUUAAAUUGUAGAGACAGGAUUUUAUAAUUUGUUUUGUGUAAUAGCACUGUUUUUUAAUUCAAUGUACUACAUCUGGGAGUUCAUCUUUCCUGGCAGUGUAGCAGAGGCUUUAGGAAACAUUUAGAGAAUAACAACAGACAACAAAUCUAAAUAACUAAAUGUUUCUUCUCUGGUCAGAGUUGUGUGAGGGAAAGGAUGUAAAUAUUAAAACCUGAUUAGUGUUUUUUUAAACAUCUAUCCUGUGAUACGUCAUAAGCAGUAAAUGAAAAAUACUUAACUCGUUAAGUAGUUAAAUCUCAUUUCUCAAAACCCAUUCACAUCAAACACUGGCAAGAAAAGAUCAACUAUGUCCCUUUGCCACUGCAGAGCUGGUAGCCGCCAAAACCAUCAUGGACGCGGAUCACCUCCACCCCGGCGCUUAGCUUGUUAAUGACGCACCUCGGAUAGUUUUCACAGCAAGUAUUACAUAAAACUGUGAAUUCACACAGGCCGACAUCCUUCAACGUGUCAUAUUUGAUUUAGCAUGUUUGUGGCUGAGAGAGAAGGGAAGCGACACGUGUUGCCCUUGCACCAGGGGACAGGUGGGAAGCUAGCAAGAACGAGGUUAGCUAACUUGAAGCUAACUUGUAGCUCACCUUGUCUCUUCAGCCGCUGGUUCUUCGAGCUUCUUCACAGCCGCUUCCUCUGUGAGGUUAAUUUUUGCAAACGUGGCUCCCGAGGUGAACCAGGCGGAAAUCUGCUCGGCGGUGAAAACUUUCUUCAUGUUGUCGUCGCUGUCUAAAAUAAAACCAUCGUGUUUCUUCCACCACUUCGUGUUUAGACUGAGGCGCGAGGCAACCGAGGCAGGUGUACGCGCUCACGUCGCCCCCUGGCGGUUGGACUAAAAACUGAAAAAUCCCCACAGAAGCACAUUCAAAUUGCAAUAAUGCCUGUGUUCACUGCAACUCACCAUAAAAAUGUCUGCAGUCUUUUUUCCCCCUUUGGUGAAUGCUAUGCAAUGUGUCAAUCUACGACUACACAAAAAAAACAAUCUUAAUCUGGAGAGGUGAAGGUCAUUACCACUGUGAAUAUCCAAAGACCUGGAUGAAUGAAAAUCUUUGUCCACUAAUUCUAAUGAGAUCAGAGCUGAAACGUUUAAUGGAUCCAUCAGCAGCUACGAUAUUUGAUUCAUUAUUUGAGGAAUUCUCUUCAAGUGACAAUGCCACAUUUUCUUGCUCCUUUGGUGUUGUAUUAUUUCGAACUAAAUAUUUUAGACUUCUGGUCGGACAAAUUAAGACAUCUCAAUUUCUUUGAAACAUAAUUUUAUAGAUGAAACACAUUUAAUCAAUUAACUCACAUAUUAAUAAGCAGAUAAAUCAAUUUUAAAAUUACUUUUAUUUGCAGCUUUUACUGAAACUCAUUUUAACAUUUUUAUUGAACUGUUCAGGAUAUUCAAAGAAAAAAAUUGAAAAAAAAAAAAGGUACGAUGCGACAAAUUAAAGCUUCUAGAUAGAAACAUAUUUUAAUUACAGUAUGUUCAAAGUUCAUUGUGCUAAAAAGAUAUUAGCUCUACGGCUCAGUAUGAUGGAAAAGUACAUGAGAAACAUUAAACAGUGGAUACAACUCAUCACAACCACAGCAUCAGAAAUAAGCACCAAAAAUAUUCUGAACAUGUUAAAUGUCCAGUUUUCACAUUAAGAUGUUAUUCUGCAUUGUUUUUGUUUCAAUGUAGUCUGUGAACAAUAUGUAGUUCAUCCUAAGCAUUUCAAUAAGACCACGAGAAGAUUGUGCUGCAACAGCACAUUAGUGAAAAGGUAGAAUGGGCCUCCAGGCAAAAUUUGUUAGAUAUGUAAUAACCUGAACACAUUUCCUGAAUAAAGAGAAGAAAUAAAAUCAUAAACCACAAUGUCUUUGUACGUAAAACCAUUAAAAUUAAGAAGAGUAAAAAAAAAAAGUGAAAAUACAAUUUGAAAAAGAAAACAAAUUUAGAUUCUGACACUUUCACCUCUGUUCAAACACUCAGAUGAGGGAUUUACAAGAUCUCCAGCGGUGGACAUCCAUUUUCUCGCAUCAAGCUAAUCUCUGAUAGGAGCUUUUCGUUUUCCUUUAAAACAAAAAAGAAUUGAUUGUUGUGAUGAACAGUUAUAAAAUGACCACAGAGAAACAUCCUUCAACGAGAGAAAAGUUAGUUACCGCUUGAAGUUGCGUGUUGUUCAUUUUUAGCUUCACCAGAUAUUCAAUCCUCUGUUUGUGGUUCUUAUGUCCAACAAGUUUUCCAUUCUCCUCCGACAGCUUCACGUUCUGCUUACGGAGAACCUCAUUCUCCUGUAAAAAAACAACAUAUGAUCAGUAAAGUCAGAUAACGUUGUUUGUUUGGCUGUUGUUAGGGAACCUUAGUGUAAACAAGCCCAGUCAUUUUUAAUGUGAAUGUCACACUGCUCAAAUUAAAAGUGUGAAAUAAA